UGCAGCGCCUUCUACGGAUGCCAAAAUGGCUGAUACGGAACUUGACGUAGACAGUUUAAUCGGGCGGCUCUUAGAAGUCCGAGGAUGCCGUCCAGGGAAGACAGUACAAAUGACAGAAGGAGAAGUGAGAGGGUUGUGCCUUAAAUCAAGAGAAAUCUUUCUCAAUCAACCAAUUUUGCUAGAAUUAGAGGCACCUUUAAAAAUUUGUGGAGACAUACACGGUCAAUACACAGAUUUGUUGAGGCUGUUCGAAUACGGAGGAUUUCCACCUGAAGCCAACUAUUUAUUUCUCGGUGACUAUGUCGAUCGAGGCAAACAAUCACUGGAGACAAUCUGCCUCUUGCUGGCAUACAAGAUCAAGUACCCAGAGAACUUCUUCUUGCUGAGAGGCAAUCAUGAGUGUGCAAGCAUUAACCGAAUAUAUGGCUUCUAUGAUGAAUGUAAGAGACGUUUUAAUGUAAAAUUGUGGAAGACGUUCACCGAUUGCUUCAACUGCCUACCAGUGGCAGCCAUCAUAGAUGAGAAAAUCUUUUGCUGUCAUGGAGGGUUGUCACCAGAUUUGCAGUCGAUGGAGCAAAUUAGACGCAUUAUGAGGCCCACAGAUGUCCCAGACACAGGGUUACUGUGUGACCUGCUGUGGUCGGAUCCAGAUAAGGAUGUGCAGGGCUGGGGGGAGAACGACCGAGGAGUUUCUUUCACGUUCGGCGCAGACGUCGUUAGCAAGUUUCUCAACCGACACGACUUGGACCUGAUCUGUCGCGCGCAUCAGGUGGUCGAAGAUGGAUACGAGUUCUUUGCGAAACGUCAGCUAGUAACGCUCUUCUCCGCACCAAACUACUGCGGGGAGUUUGACAAUGCUGGUGGCAUGAUGUCAGUGGACGAUUCACUGAUGUGCUCGUUUCAGAUUCUGAAGCCAUCUGAGAAGAAAGCCAAGUACCAAUAUGCUGGGCUGAAUUCUGGACGACCCCCUAUCACAGCUCGCAACCCUCUGGCGGCGACGGGCAAGACAUAAGUGCGCUCGAUCACUUUUGUACUUAGUUAUGCCCAUAUAUAGCAGGAAACCGGUCAAUUUGAUUGAAAACUUAAUACUUAUAUGGGCGGUGUACAACGGAAACAAAGCCAGCUGUGCUAGAUUAUCUGUCGUGUCCAGACUUCUGUAAUCAGGAGCACCUGCUACCGAAUUGUGUAUAAGUGAGAUAUAAGUGUUCAGGAUGUUAUUUCCGUUGACUUUUAAUUUCGCCAAUACUAAGUGUUGCAAAGCGCAUAUCAAAGGUAACAAUAUAAAUGGUUUUGAUGCAACAACUCGAGGUUUCUUGUCUACGAUUUGACAAGGUAAAUGAGCAAAUAACUUCAUGUGUUUUUAUUUGAGUACCUAAUGGUUAUCCAAAAAUUCUAUCUAUCCAAGUUCUAUCAUAUGUGCUAGAGCAGUCCAAGCUUAUGCUGGGUCUGCGUCAUAAGCAAUUAAUAUUUUGGCCUUUGUACAUGAACAUGCACACUACUUGCAUAUUAUAGAGAGAUAAUAAGCAUGAGUGUAUAUGUAGCACACAUUAACUUGCAUCGUUUAGUGGAACCAUUUAUACGUACGUGUAGUUGCAUUAGACAUAUCAGUAUAUAAAUGUAGCAGGUGUAAUGCCCCAUGACAUCACUAAAUAUCUUUUCAGGUGAGAACAACCCAACAGCAAAUUGUCUAACUUGUUGAUAAUGAAAUCAUAAUUUGUUAGGGUUAGGGUCUUUCAUGCAGCUUUCUGGGUACACUCAAAACAGGGCAGUAUCAUAUACCUCUUGUGUAACAUCAUCUUGAACAUCAUUACCAAUUUCUGAAUAUUUAUUGGGGCAUUUGGCAAGUACUUGGUUUUUAGCUGUGAAAGUAAACUUGCACACGAUUAUCUCACGUUUACUCGCUUCCUGCACAAAUGCGUGUCUUUUGUCAACACACAGAAACGAUACAAUUAGUUACCAACAGUGAUAGAAGAUUAGCAAAAAUUAAACGGGACAGAAAUAAGUAGGUGGCAAAUGUAAUAUAAACAAAACCUAUUUAGUUUGUUGAUGCCACAUUGGGAUUGUUUCGUCUUUGUGAAGUUCUGAAAAUAUGAAGUCCUGCAUUUUUGUAUUGUGUUUAGUUAGUGUUUGAAUAAUUAUAUCUUAUUUAUAUUGAUAUUUCAUGCUUUUCUGUACGGAAAUGGUAUAUAAACAUGUACAUGUAUUUGUAGGCAGAUUCACCUUUAAAGAAUAGGCUGAUGCUUGACAUCUGCCAACCAGUAAGGUACCCUAUCCCCUUUUAUCUUGAAAAUCAGUUGAUUGAACUUGUGAAAUUAAUUUUGCUGUACCUUAUAAUGUGUAUAGUAUCUUGUUAAUUUUAUCAACCUAAUUGCAAUAUGGUGUUAUGCAGCUUUAUUAAUUUACAACACGUUUCUCAAAUGAGUUUUAUGAGGUCCAUUUAAGAAAUAUUAUGGAUGCUUUUAGCUUGUUAUAAGUGACAAAUGAAAAUCGAAUGUGUGUAAACCCCAUCAGGUAAAUUGCACUGGAUAAGAACACUUACUGAAGUUUUAGCAUGCAGUAAGUUAAUUUGACAGUGCUUGUACUAUUAAAGCAGACUUCUAGUCAAGAUUGUUCUUUAGAA